CUAGACAUCGGGUAGCGAAGUCAGAGCAGCUCAAGCUAGGAAAAACUAGAGGCGGCGAAAAGUGUCGGGCUGCGAUUAGUGUAGAAAGUGGAGGAUGGGCUUCCGCGUGGUGUGAGAAGUUCGAAGUCGGUUUUCAAGGCAGAAAAAAGGCCGCCACUGACUUGCGGGACUGUUUUUUCGUCCGCUCUCAACAUUCCCAAUUCAUCCCUCCUCAUUCCUCCUCAUCCCUACCUAUGUCUCUCCUGCACCAUCUCUGAGAUUAUUCCCUUGUUUAAUACCUAUUUCUGUUAAUUAUCCGUCUGUGUUGCCAUCGCACAUCCCGGGCUCCGCGUCGCGAACCACCAUGGGUCUCUCCAAGACCAACAGGAUCGUCAUCCUGUUGGUGAUAGACACAGCGUUCUUCCUUCUAGAACUGAUCGCUGGUUAUUCUGUCCACUCCCUUGCCCUCGUUGCCGAUUCCUUUCAUAUGCUUAACGAUGUUAUUUCCCUACUCGUUGGAUUAUGGGCCGUCAAAGUCGCCAACCGCGAAACCUCCUCGAAAAUGUACACUUAUGGAUGGCAACGAGCAGAGACCCUCGGUGCGCUGGUCAACGGCGUUUUUCUAGUCGCCCUGUGUUUAUCCAUUUUCCUCGAAGCGAUACAAAGACUUGUCGAGCCGCAGGAGGUGAAGAGUCCGCAGUUCGUCUGCAUUGUGGGCUGCGCCGGACUAUUGUCGAAUAUCAUCGGUCUGGUUUUGUUCCACGAUCAUUCACACGGCGGCCAUGGACACGCCCAUGGACACGCCCAUGAUGAAGAAGACGCUGCCGAGCAAGGACACAACCAUGAACACCUUGACGAAUCGGAGUCCGCGGAGCAAGGUGCAGCUGGCGCAAUCACUGAACCAACCGCUGCCUAUUCCCGUCGUCGAACCCUGGGCAGCCAACACCGCAUCUCACGCGGAUACAGCAACCCUAGCCGUGGGUUCGAAGAUAUCGGUGGACACCCAGCAACCAUGAGACAAGACAUCAUUAGCGCCGCGAGCCGCAACCAGUUUCCGGACGAGGAUGAUAGCUAUGAAUCAGAUACUUUAGUGGAGAACGGUGCGGCAGACGGCUUUGGUCCCAACGAACGAUCUACGCUGCUGGGACAUCGAGAUCGCGCAUCCAACUACACCGACGAGAACACUCCUGUUAAACGCCAACCCUCAAACAAUGACCCCCACAAGGACCACAACCACGCCCAGCCUAAACCGAAGGAGCAGAAGCACGGCCAUGACCUCAACAUGCGGGGAGUCUUCCUCCACGUUAUGGGCGACGCCUUGGGCAACAUUGGUGUUAUAGUUUCUGCUCUCGUCAUCUGGCUGACCGAUUACUCUUGGAGGUUUUACGUCGAUCCUGGCAUUUCCCUCGUCAUCACAGUGAUCAUUCUGGCCUCGGCAAUUCCCCUCUGCAAGGCUGCAUCUCGAAUCCUCUUACAGGCUGUGCCACAUGGUGUGAGCAUCGACCACAUCAAGGAAGACGUCGAAAGACUCCCCGGAGUUAUCGGCUCACACCACCUCCACGUAUGGCAGCUAAGCGAUACGAAGACCGUUGCUUCAAUCCAUAUCCAAGUGGACACCGAAAUUAAGGGCGAGGGAUCCGAGCGAUAUAUGCACCUCGCCAAGCAAGUCCGACAAUGCCUCCAUGCGUACGGCAUCCAUUCAUCUACCAUCCAGCCCGAGUUCCCCCAAAGCAGUGAUACAGAGGACAACCAAGUAGCAGGCUCAUCCCACUCACAAUCGGGACCUAGUCGCACUCCUAGUGUACGGGAUGGCGAUCCCCAAGCCUGCUUGUUGGAGUGUGGCGAGGAAUGCGGCGGCAAGCACUGUUGCCCAACGAAGCCCACUUAAUCGCCUUUGUUUUUAUUUCCUUUCCUAUUUAUAUACCUGGUUCAUUGAUAUGCGUUUCCUAAAAGCCCAUGUUACAGACUUGUAUUGUUUAUACCCCUUCGCCUUAGAUAGUGGACCUUUGAGGCCUAAUAAUACACUCGAUACGUACUUCGGAUAUAUUCAGAUAUAUAUUUUCUCACCUACCACAAGUAGCUGUGCCUUGUUAGAAGUCUG